UGGCGGAACGACGUGAUGAAAAGGCAGGAAGAGGAGUUUCCACCCGGACACAUGUUCCUUGUACACCUCCCGCACUGUGGUUUGUUUCAUGCAGCUGUAUUGUAUGAAGUUUGUUUAGCGGUGGAUUGAUAAUAAUCUCUGCAUUCACAACAUCACACCCUGCUGCUGCUGAUCACUGAUCUGACUCUGGCAUGUCUCAGGACAGUCAACACGGCAGGUGGACCAUCUCCAGCAGUGAUGACGAUGAUGAGGCUCUUCCUCUUUCUGGGACUACAACAUCUAAACCCCACCGACCUGCUGUAUCCAGUCACAGCCCCCGUCCAUCUACCUCUCCCCCCAGCCCCAAACUGGAACCAGUGCCUGUGGAGGUGAAACCAGAACCAGCUAACACCCCUGUAUCCUCACUGGCUAUUGGCUCUGAGGCCAGACGGUCAGCAGCAACAAACAAGUUAAACCCAGUGAAGUAUGAAACCAGUCCGUCAUUGGCUGGAAAGCGGAAGAAAGAGGCGUCUGACGGCUCAGGCUGGGCUCUCUCAGAUAGUGACGAUGAUGAUGGAGAUGUGAAGGCGAAGAGCGUCAGUAAGAGGGCUCCCAGUCCGAGCCCCAAAGCAAAGAAACCGAAGGUGGAGAACGAGCGCCCUCCAAGUCCUCACGGUCGCCUCUACUACAUCGACGAGCCAGAGGACUUCUUUGAAUCCAGUAUUCCUCGUCUGAACGACACCUACAGGUUUUACCUCAACAAAGUGACAGGUCUGGACAGGAAGUACAACAGUGGAGCUCUGCACAUCAAAGACAUUCUCUCUCCAUUGUUUGGGACCCUGAAAGAGUCUGUUCAGUUUAACUACUGCUUUGAUAUCGCCUGGAUGGUUAACCAGUUCCCACCAGAGUUUAGGGAUCGUCCAGUUCUGAUCGUCCAUGGAGAUAAGAGGGAAGCCAAGGCUCGGCUGCUGCAGCAGGCUAAGCCUUUUCCACAUGUUCGCUUCUGCCAGGCCAAGCUGGAUAUUGCUUUUGGAACUCACCACACGAAGAUGAUGUUGCUGUGGUAUGAGGAAGGCUUCAGAGUCAUCAUCCUGACCUCCAACCUCAUCAGAGCUGACUGGUACCAGAAAACACAAGGAAUGUGGAUGAGCCCCCUUUUUCCACGGUUACCAAAGGGCAGCAGUGAGAGUGCAGGUGAAUCACCGACCUUCUUUAAGAGGGACCUGCUGGAAUACCUGGCAUCGUACCGCGCACCAGAACUGGAGGAGUGGAUCCAACGCAUCAAAGAGCACGACCUGUCAGAGACCAGGGUUUAUUUGGUCGGCUCAACCCCAGGGAGAUACGUUGGCCCAGACAUGGAGCGCUGGGGCCACCUGAGGCUGAGGAAGCUGUUGUAUGACCAUACAGACCCUGUUCCUGGGGAGGAGCCGUGGCCUGUGAUUGGCCAGUUCUCCAGCAUCGGCUCUUUGGGACUGGAUAAAACCAAAUGGUUGACGGGGGAAUUUCAGCGCACCAUGACCACGCUGGGGAAAUCCUCUCAUCGCCCGGACACCCCCAUACACUUGCUGUAUCCAUCAGUUGAAGAUGUGAGGACUAGUUUAGAAGGCUAUCCGGCGGGAGGCUCUCUUCCUUACAGCAUCCAGACGGCUCAGAAACAACUGUGGCUCCACUCCUUCUUCCACCGUUGGAAGGCGAAUACAACAGGAAGGAGUCACGCCAUGCCACACAUCAAGACAUACAUGAGGGCGUCACCAGAUUUCACUCAGCUCGCCUGGUUCCUCGUCACGAGUUCCAACCUGUCCAAAGCCGCAUGGGGAGCGCUGGAGAAGAACAACACUCAGGUGAUGGUUCGUUCAUACGAGCUCGGAGUCCUCUUCGUGCCUUCUGCCUUUAACAUGAAGACCUUUCCUGUUCACAGAAAUCCGUUUCCUGUCUCCUCCUCCUCUGGUUUCCCUGUGCCCUUUGACCUCCCCCCAACAAGCUACUCUCCUAAAGAUCAGCCUUGGAUCUGGAACAUUCCGUACAGCCAGGCUCCCGACACUCACGGCAACAUCUGGGUUCCCUCCUAAACACACGCACACAUACAGACCUUCCUGUUACCUUAAAACUGCUGUCUUUGUAAUUAUCAGUACUACAGUGUUAGUUGUCAGUAACAUUUAUUUUUAUAUUUUAUACCGUUCUGUAAACUCAUAUGUUUUCUACUACCAAUAAAUAAAAUAAUGCUGUCCAGAUGUGA